GCAGAUUCAUCAUGUGGAUAACUGCAGCGCUCCUGCUCCUGGUUCCAAGCAGAGGGCAAGCUGCUACUCUGGAGAAGCCUAUACUUUCUCUACACCCACCUUGGACCACAAUCUUCAAGGGAGAGCGUGUGACUUUACGGUGUGAUGGAUACCACCCUCUGCUCCUGGAGCUCCGGCCCAUCAGCACACUGUGGUAUUUGGGCCAUGCCCUCUUGCCCUCUCACAAGAAGAGUAUUGAGGUGCAGACACCAGGAGUGUAUCGAUGCCAGACACGGGGAGCACCUGUCAGUGACCCUAUCCAUCUCUCUGUAUCCAAUGACUGGCUGAUCCUGCAGGUGCCCUAUGCUGCGGUGUUCGAGGGAGAACCGCUGAUCAUGCGGUGCCGGGGCUGGUAUGACAAGGUCGUCUACAAACUUCACUACUACCACGAUGGCCAGGCCGUGCGCUACUUCCACUCUAGUACUAACUACACGGUGUUGCAGGCCCGCGCCAGCGACAGUGGGCGUUACCAGUGCUCUGGCACCAUGCGCAUCCCGGUGGAGAGCGCGCCCAUGUUCUCUGCCAAGGUGGCAGUGACCGUGCAAGAGCUGUUCCGUACGCCGGUGCUGCGGAUGCUGGGCGCGCAAGAGGCACGUGGUGCGCCCCACAGCGCAGUGGUCUUGCGCUGCGAGACUCGCCUGCACCCGCAGAAGCGCGACACCCCGCUACACUUCGCCUUCUACAAGUACAGCCGCCCGGUGCGCCGCUUCGACUGGGGCGCGGAGUACACGGUCCCCGAGCCCGAGGUCGAAGAGCUCGAAUCCUACUGGUGCGAGGCAUCUACAGUGACCCGUAGCGUCCGGAAACGCAGCCCGUGGCUGCAGCUCCCGGGGCGGGGCAACCUGGAUGACGCGUUCACCACCGCCUCGGCCCCACAGGCUGCGGACUUGGCACCGGGUGACAAACCACUCUCCUUCAGAAAGCCCCUGGCGUCCAGAUCGGUCCCGCCCGUCACCUCUGUCCCCAACACCACCUCGGCGGGGCUGCAGCCCCCGGUCCCCCGCGUGCCCACCUCGGGGCCGGCCGCCUGCGCCCCGCCCGCGCCCUUGGAGCAAUCGGCGGGCUCUCAGACACCCAACGUGGACCUUCUGCUCCGAGAAAUGCAGCUGCUUAAAAGGCUUUUGAACCGGGUAGUCCUAGAAUUAAAGGAGCCCCCGGGUCUCCCAGAGCUCAGCGGCACACCUGAGACCCCCAGCUCCCACUACGCAGAGAACCUAGCGACCCCAAAGACCACUCCUGUGGGGAACUGA